GGAAAAGCGAAAGGGAAAAUGGAAGAAUAAAGAGAAAAAAAACGAAGGGAGGAAAGCAAGCCUUCACGCUCCCUCACCUCGCCCUGUUCCUUUCCUCUGCUCUGCGGGGAAAAAAUGGGCUUCUCGCGUCUUGGGGGAACGGCGUUUCCCAGUCUCGAAAUCUGAAUGGGUUUCUUCUCCGAGGCCCUCUAUUUUGAGCUUGUCAAGAAGUGAAAUCAUACUGUGUACCCUCUUUCUCUCUCGCUCUACAGAGAUGAGAAGCUCGCUUUGACUGCGUGCGUACGUGCGUGAGUGCGAGGUGGGGACUUGUUGAUUGGGUCCUGGUUUUAUCCACAAGCAUGAAAGCACGACCAGUAAGCCGCUGGAAAUCUAUUGUAUCUCGUCGUGUACAAGGAAAGCCUGCCGACUAUUUCUGCUUGUUUCAAAAAGUGAAACCGGCACCAUAUGGCCGAGGAAAUGCUCCUGUUUUUCUGAAUGUUUAUGACUUGACAGCAGUUAAUGAUUACUUAUACUGGUCAGGGAUUGGUGUUUUUCACUCUGGUGUUGAAGUUUAUGGCAUGGAAUAUGCUUUUGGAGCUCAUGAGUAUCCAUCAAGUGGCGUGUUUGAAGUUGAACCGAGACAGUGUCCUGGCUUUAAGUUCAGGAAGUCCAUACUUGUGGGGACGACGAGCUUGGAUCCUAUGCAGGUCAGAGAUUUCAUCGAGCGUCAAUCUGCGAGCUAUCAUGGCGAUACGUAUCACUUGAUCGUUAAGAACUGCAAUCAUUUCUGUGAAGACAUGUGCUUCAAGCUGACUGGGAAGACUAUCCCGAGAUGGGUAAACCGACUAGCAAGAAUAGGUUCAAUGUGCAACUGCAUACUCCCUGAGGCUUUCAAGGUUCCUUCGCUAUGCCACAACCCGAAUUACCAAGGAAGCGAAAACGAGAAGAAGAGACUAAGGAGCGCCUUCAGUUGCUUGCCGUCGAUCUCGUUACCGGAGAAGGAAGUCUCCAUGUCCUCGCUGUUUCUACAUUCUCUUUACAAAGGCUGCUUGCCUCCCUGGGAGUUAAAGACACCCAAAUCCAAAAGUUGCUUAUCUAAAGAAGGGUAAUAAACGUGUGAUUUUUUUUUUUUUUUCAAAUCCCUCUGUUUCUAUUUAAUCUUUCAUUAGAUAGUCCGCCGUUCCAUCUAGCGAUUUUGCGAUGCUCGCUGCAGGAUACGGCUUGGCUUGAGGCGGUAUGAGAUUUCAUUUCAGUUUGUGACUUUGAUGUAAAAAUAGAGUGGCUUGUGUCAAUUUCUUUGAUUUUGCUGAGUUUGAUCCGAGGUUGGAAUGGAUUAUGGAACACACAUGAAUGAUUUUUAAGUCCUUGUACGAAAAGAGCCAAAAUUUUGGUUGAGCAUGAUCUUGAACUGAUGGGCAGUGAGAUGA